AUGCCUUUCACUGCUUCUGAUAUCUGCAAAAUCAUCUUUGCCAUCAUCCUGCCCCCUCUGGGUGUCUUCCUGGAGCGCGGCUGUGGUGCCGACCUGCUGAUCAACAUCUGUUUGACCAUUCUGGGUUGGGUCCCUGGUAUUAUCCACGCUCUGUAUGUACUCCACUUUUUCUCCUCAUUGGAGAUCAUCGUCAUCCCCUUAUCCCCUGGAUCGCAGCUCGCUAACCCUAUUCCUUAG